CUCGUUUCAACAACAUAAACAGAACACGAGCAGCCUGGGAAUAGGCAUCGUUGAUGAACUGUCAGUCUGUUUGCGUUGAUGCACUGCGUUUGCCACGAACAUUCAAACAACUGGUCAGCGGCCCCCUCUAUUCCCCUGCGCCGCGCAGAAUGUCUUCGAACGCCAACCUGAUCACGCUCUCUUCGCUCAAAUAUGUCCACCCCGCGACCUUGGGUCCGCUCCUGCUCGAUCCUACGGAGAAGGCUAAGGUCGCCGUAAUCGAUGUCCGUGACUCCGACCAUAUUGGUGGCAACAUCCACGGCAGCACCUGGGUGCCCCUGCACCAGCUGGAAGUGAAAAUGCCCGAACUGCUGCGGACGCUGAGGGACAAGGAAAAGGUCAUCUUCCACUGCAUGUUGAGCCAGCAGAGAGGGCCGAAGGCGGCCUUGGCAUACGCGCGGGCGAAGCAGAGGGCGGACGCCAAAGAGGCCCGUGAGCAGACGCAAUCAAAAGAAGAGGCGGGAGAUAGCACCGAGCAGGAGAAGAAGGAAUCGUCGCCUGCGCAGGAGGUUUGCGUCCUGGAGGGCGGAUUCGGCUCCUGGCAAGCGCGUUUCGGCGAGGAUCCCAGACUCACAGCAGAUUAUCAGCCGGACCUGUGGUUCUGAUCUGAAGACAGGCCGUCUCUUGAUUUUGUGGUUGAAACGAGCCAACCCGAUGUGUUUAAUGUCUGUCAGCCUGCAGGCGGAGAGGAGAUUUCGUCCCUGCGACUGGUCUUCAGCCCUCGAGCGGAAGUGCUCCCUGCUUCGGGAAUUGGAAGAGGAGACCUGCCGAUAUCAGACAGUCCGUGACUGCCAUUCAGCAUUGCCACUGGCUCUCUAUCUAUAGAUGGGAUACAGAUCCAGAGAGCUGGAUCUUGGAGCUGUGGAUGCAUAGACGGUGAUAACCUGCAGCAACACAUGGCCAUCCAUUUGCGCAGUUUCGUCACCCUUGAAGUACGGGUCUCAUUCGUGAGCAUGGUAUUGCCCUUGACGUUUCCCUCGCUAUGUGUGGAAAAGGGAAUAAAUAUCCGCGGCGUCAUAAGGGCCGCUAUGCAUUAGAGUGUCCAAUUGACAGAACGUGGCACGUUACGCCCCCCAUGUGUCCAACCCAAAUAGCUACAGAU